GGAGGUGGAGCCUUCCUCCGUAGGAAAUUCUGAAAAUCAACACGGAUAGGUCUUCUCGGGAAACCUGGUCAUGUUGGAAUUGGUGGAGUUCGUAGAGAUAGCUUGGGGAAUGUUCAGUUUAUCUUUUCUGUAUAUAAGUUUCAUCAUACUAAUAAUUUGAUGGAGGCUCUUGUUAUUUUAUAUAUUGUGGAGCAUGUUUGUGCUCUUGGAUGGAGAAGGCUCAUUUGUGAAUCAGAUUCGCAGGUGGUGGUGCAUUUGUUGACUCGGCAACACUCUGAGGAUGUUAGUUGGCAGUUAGUUUUGGUGGUUAACCAGAUUCUUAAUUUGUGUGCUUCGUUGGACUCUGUUACCUUCACACAUAUCCUUAGGGAGUGGAACAAAGUCACUGUCUGGCCAAAUGGACCUCUGAUCAAAUGCAAAACUGGAAUAUUGUGGAUAUAUGAUAAUACUAAUUUAUUGUCUUAUAUUUGUGUUUUGACCAUUGUUCGGCAAAUAUUGAUCUUCUUUGUAAUUGCCGGAAAUUGAUCCGCAAUUUUCCUAGGAAAACUUAAUUGGAAUUCAAAGGAACAAUUGAAAGUAUGGACUCCACCUCGAUCCAAAGCUCUACACCACCCCUUUCUAUGUCCACCAUUCUCCCCCUCCUCUUCUCUGCAUUCAUUGCGCUCUCAAUUUGUAGUCAUGCUGCAGAUCAGGACAUAAUUCUUCUCAACUGUGGCUCAGGAUACACAUUUCGCUCACAAGAUGGACGUAAAUUUGUUGGAGAUUAUACAUCUGAAUUCAAUCUCUCCACCAGCAUAAAGGCAGCAGCGUCUGAACCAUUUCUGUCCUCUGAGUCUCUCUACCAGUCAGCCCGUCUAUUCUUAGCAAAAUCCACAUACACAGUCCCCAUCACAGACACUUCUCACAGGCAUUUCCUCCGCUUUCACUUUUAUCCCUCCUCCUACGACAUCUAUAAUCUCAAGGAUGCUGAAUUUUCUGUCAAUUGCGGGCCGUCUGUUAUCCUCCACAAUUUCACUCUAGCAACUCUAAAACAACCACAUGUUAUAGAAUUUUGUAUUCCCGUCACCGUACGGAAACAGCUUGAUAUCAUAUUUACCCCUGAAGCAAACAACCCCAAAUCCUAUGCAUUCAUUAACGCAAUAGAAAUCAUAUCCAUUCCGGAUCGGCUGUUUGGGAACCCUGUCAUUCUCCCUAAAUCCAAUUCUCAAUCAAUUGGGUAUAACAUAAGCUUAAACACUGCCUUGCAGAAGCUGUACAGAUUGAACGUGGGAGGGCACACUAUAUCUCCUUCUGAUGACAAGUAUGGGAGGACAUGGGUUGAAGAUUCAAAGUUCAUAUUUGGGGCUGCUAUGGGUAUUACAGGAACCAAUUCCACAGAGAUCCAACAGGCAGAUGAUUUUGCGCCUAGCAGUGUAUAUGCCACCUUUAGGUCCAUGCUACCAGAGCCCCUAAUCAACCUCAACUUCAACUUAAGCUGGGUUUUUAGCAAUAUUGAUGCCAAUUUCAGUUAUCUGGUUCGGCUUCACUUCUGUGAGCUUCAAUUCACAUUAAGCAACCAGAGGAAGUUUGACAUUUAUAUUAAUAAUCAAACUGCAGAGGAAGCCUUCGAUGUCAUUGUAGAGGCUUCAGGGCCAAACAUCCCUAUUUACAGAGAUUAUCUCAUCUCUGUCCCUGCAGAUGAAUCUGCUACUACAGACCUGUGGGUGGAGCUUCAUCCCAACAAUAAAUCAAGGCCACAGUACUAUGAUGCUAUUCUGAAUGGACUGGAAAUAUUUAAGUUAAAUGACAGUUCUGGAAAUCUUUCAGGACUAAGUCCUGUGGUAACAGAGGAAACUGAAGAAAACUCAGCAAAUGGACCUGUGAGCACGAACAGCACUAGCAGUAACAAGCAUAGCACUAGUAAUAACAAGCAUAGGGGCUAUAUAAUAGGAAUUGUAUCUGGAAGCUUAGCUGGUGCAGUCUUUCUGCUGUGUUUGAUGAUUUUAUGCUAUGCUCUGAAACGGAAAAGUAAGAAUAGUAAGGGCUCCCAUGAAAAUGCGGAUCAAGCAGGAGGGACUACUACUACUUCAGCCAACAACUCUGAAUCUAGUGCAUUUACGAAAUCGUACAGCUAUGGAUCGACUCCUGUAGCUGGUGUACGAUCAACACCGGUAGCUGGAAUAUUUUGCAGACAUUUCAGUUUUUCAGAGAUUCAAGAUGCAACCAACAACUUUGACGACUCACUUCUUCUUGGGGUAGGAGGGUUUGGAAAAGUUUACAGAGGAGAAAUCAGUGGUGGCAUCGGAGUUGCAGUGAAGAGAGCAAAACCACAAUCCCUCCAAGGUUCUCACGAAUUCAGGAACGAAAUAGAGCUAUUGUCCAGGCUUAGGCACAAGAAUUUGGUAUCCCUCGUAGGUUUUUGUGAUCAUAACUCAGAAAUGUGCCUUGUUUAUGAUUAUGUUCCCAAUGGCACACUGGAGAAGCAUCUCCACGGCAAAGAUCCUGGAAGGACUAUUUUGUCAUGGAAGCAGAGGCUGGAGAUAUGCAUCGGUGCAGCAAAGGCACUGGACUAUCUUCACUGUGGGGCAUUCCAGACAGUCAUACACCGAGAUGUGAAGAGUACCAAUAUUCUUCUGGAUGAAAACUUGAGUGCCAAAGUUUCUGAUUUUGGGCUCUCCAAAAUAAUGGCCACAUUCGAUCAGAGUCAUGUAACCACUGCGGUGAAAGGGAGCUUCGGAUAUAUGGAUCCUGAGUACUUCUACAGGUCGUCUCUUACAAAGAAAUCUGAUGUGUAUUCCUUUGGGGUGGUGCUGUUUGAGGUGUUGUGUGCUAAACCUGCUAUUAUGUCUACCAGUCGGGAGAAAAUAAAUCUCUGUGGCUGUGCUCUGAAGUAUUUAAGAGAUGGUGCUCUGGAGCACAUGAUAGAUCCCAAUUUAAUAGGUGACAUAACCUCAGAUUCCCUUCAGAUAUUUGCAGAGGUGGGGGAGAAGUGUUUGGCAGAAAAAGGUGAGGAGAGGCCUUCCAUGGCAGAUGUGGUGUGGCACUUGGACUUUGCCCUGCAAUUACAUGAUGCUGCAACAUGUCGACCAGGAACAAUUGAUGCAGUUAAUUCUGAUGAAAGUUUGAAUUGAUAUUCCACUCUAAAGAGGUAGAUUUAGUAUAAUGGAAUUUGCCAAUCAAGAUUAUCGGAUUUAAAAAUAUUCAGUGCAUCCAAUUUUGUGGUUUAAUCUAUUGUACUACUGUAAUAUGAUAUCUUAGACUGACUGACAGUCUAUUUGCCACUA